AUGGACUCAUUUCGAAAUUGGCCAACUUUUAUAUCUCAGGGCACUAUGUUGGCCAAUGUUUUUUGCAAUCGCCCAGAUUACUGUUACUGCAUAUUACCGAAGAAUGUGGUGUGCAAGGGUGAUGUUGUGAGUGAUGUUGUUGGUGCUGUAUAUUUGUUUGACAGUGCGGGAGGGUGCGAGGUGGAUGUGGAGUGGAGGGGAUCGGUUCAAGGGUGUGAAAUGCCUGAAGCCGAUACCAUGAACGAUCUCGACUUCACCCGGGACAAAGAUAGCGCUAAAGAUUUUAUUUCGCACUUCGCUGAUGCAAAUGGCGAAGCCAAAUAUUUGAACAUCCUUGUAAUUAUCCCAAAAAGAGAUCGUGAUAAUUUUUUCUCCCAAGAUGUUGCGAAUCGAAAGUACAAGGCAAUCCAAAUGGAUCUUGAGGACCUGUUUAGUUAUAAGGAUCUGGAUGAAGAAUUCCUUACGCGGGUCACUGAAAAUACUCGGCGAUAUAUUGGAAUAUUUGCAAAUGCAAUUGAUGAGCUGAUGCCAGAGCCAACAGAGGCCCUUCCGGACGAUGAUAACGAUAUCUUCAUGACACAGAGGUCUGAGGAAGGAACUGAGAACACGGAUGGUUCAGAUACAAAACAGAGAAUGCCUCCAGAAAUUAAACGUUUCUAUGAAGUCUAUAUUACAGCUUCUUCAAAGGGACGGCCAUUUACUAUUAGGGAGGUCAAGGCAUCACAUAUUGGUCAGCUUGUCAGGAUAUCUGGUAUUGUGACGCGUUGUUCAGAUGUCAAGCCGCUGAUGCAGGUGGCGGUCUAUACAUGUGAAGAAUGUGGUUUUGAAAUUUAUCAGGAGGUAACAGCUCGUAUCUUUAUGCCUCUAUUCGAGUGCCCAUCCUCACGAUGCAUGAUAAACAGGGCAAAAGGGAACCUCAUACUUCAGCUCAGAGCAUCAAAGUUUUUGAAGUUUCAGGAGGCCAAAAUUCAAGAAUUAGCUGAACAUGUUCCAAAAGGUCAUAUCCCCCGAUCAAUGACUGUUCAUUUUAGGGGUGAGCUUUCAAGAAAGGUAGCUCCGGGUGAUGUAGUCGAGUUAUCAGGGAUUUUCCUUCCAAUUCCCUACACUGGAUUUCGAGCAAUGCGAGCUGGCUUAAUUGCAGACACAUACUUGGAGGCAAUGUCUGUCUCACAUUUCAAGAAAAAAUAUGAGGAGUAUGAACUUCGAGGGGAUGAGGAAGAACUAAUUGCUCGUUUGGCUGAGGACGGUGAUAUUUAUAACAAGUUGGCUAGAUCUUUGGCCCCUGAGAUUUUUGGACAUGAAGAUAUUAAAAAAGCACUUCUUCUGCUCUUAGUGGGCGCUCCUCAUCGGACAUUAAAAGAUGGAAUGAAGAUUAGAGGAGAUAUACAUAUAUGUUUGAUGGGUGACCCCGGAGUUGCAAAAAGUCAGCUUCUUAAGCACAUAAUCAAUGUUGCACCCAGAGGUGUGUAUACGACAGGCAAAGGAAGCAGUGGAGUUGGUCUAACUGCUGCUGUCCAGAAGGAUCCAGUAACAAAUGAGAUGGUUCUGGAAGGGGGUGCAUUGGUGCUGGCAGAUAUGGGUAUAUGUGCUAUUGACGAGUUUGACAAGAUGGAUGAGUUAGACCGUACAGCAAUACAUGAAGUAAUGGAACAGCAAACUGUCAGCAUUGCCAAGGCUGGAAUCACUACAUCUCUGAAUGCAAGAACUGCUGUCCUUGCUGCUGCUAAUCCAGCCUGGGGAAGAUAUGACCUACGGAGAACUCCAGCUGAAAAUAUUAAUCUCCCUCCGGCACUUCUAUCAAGAUUUGACUUUCUAUGGUUGAUUUUAGAUCGAGCGGAUAUGGAUAACGAUCUUGAACUGGCUAGACAUGUUGUCUAUGUCCACCAGAAUAAAGAAUCUCCUGCUCUUGGGUUCACUCCACUUGAACCAUCUGUUCUAAGGGCAUAUAUUUCAGCUGCAAGAAAAUUGUCUCCCUUUGUCCCAAAAGAGCUGGAAGAGUAUAUUGCCAGCGCAUAUUCCAGCAUCAGGCAGGAAGAAGCAAAGUCAAAUACCCCCCAUUCCUAUACAACAGUGAGAACACUGCUUAGCAUUCUCCGGAUAUCAUCUGCACUGUCAAGGCUUCGGUUCUCGGAUGCCGUUGCUCAGAGUGAUGUAGAUGAGGCUCUUAGGUUAAUGCAGAUGUCAAAGUUUUCUUUGUAUUCAGAUGAUCGCCAAAGAUCUGGUCUGGAUGCAAUAUCUGAUAUUUAUUCGAUCUUGCGUGAUGAAGCUGCAAGGACUAACAGGAUGGAUGUGAGCUAUGCUCAUGCGCUUAAUUGGAUUUCUAGAAAGGGAUAUAGUGAAGCCCAGUUGAAAGAAUGCUUGGAGGAAUACGCAGCCUUGAAUGUGUGGCAGAUCCAUCCAAACACCUUUGACAUUCGAUUCAUUGAUGCCUGAUGUGUCUGUCUCCCCUUUAUGUAUUUGAUCAGAUCAUGUGCGCACAGAACAGAUGACCGAUCGGGCCAGACUUCAAUGCGAGGCCUAGGGAUGCCAAUAACUUGCUCCCGUUGUAACUAUGUUCAACAUUACUUCUGAAGGUAUAAUUAAUGCUGGCAUAACACUCUCAAGGAUUGGUGGAGGUGCUUUCACUUGAACUAACAUUAUGAUCGAAGAAACUGUAAUGAAAAUUAGAACUGGGUAUGGUAGAAGUAUGCUACAUGCAGGAUUCAAGGUGUUAUAAACUUCAUUGACUGUAUUAUCAUCUCUAUUUCUAGCCGAUUUUAACCCUUUGUUAGAGUUCAAAGCCUCGUUUGCGCAUCUGCUAAGCCUAGAUGAGUAUGAUAUAUGAAUUUUUCCGAUGGAUGCUGAAUAGGAAGAGUCGGCUUGAAUGUCCCACUGAAAAUUAGAUAGUUCU